AUGGAUGAUAAAACAUGGUUGCAAACCCAUCAAUAUGUGCUCUUCAAUUGUGCUUCUAAAGUGGUUGAAGAUUAUAGAAAUGAACAUAUUAGUGAGAUCAAGAGAACACAUCGCAAGCGUCGCCUUUCUCCACAUCAACUUGAUCGCUUGCAUUUUAAUUCAUUUCAUGAAUGGUUCAAGGAUGAAAUUAACAAGUUGGAUAUCACAUUUGGUACCCAAAGUGAUAUAAGAACCCUUUCACGAGGUCCAAGUUACAUUGCAAGACGAUUCAAAGGUUUUGAUUUGAACAAUGGGUAUCGAUUUCGAACAAAAAAUCAUGAAGAGUCCAAGGCAACACAAAAUUCUGGUGUCAUGGUUGUCUCAAAGGUGAUUAGCUAUGCAAGUGCAAGUGACAAUUCUCCCAAGUCGGGAAAUAUCAAUUAUUAUGGAAGAUUGACUGAUAUUAUAGAGUUAAAUUACUUUGAAGAAUUUAAGGUUGUCUUGUUUAAAUGUGAAUGGGUUGACAUAACCAAAGGUAGAGGAGUUAAGAAAGAUGACUUGGGUUUCACACUAGUGAACUUUUCAUGCUUAAUACAUACCGGUGAUCAAGAGAGUGAUGAACCUUUUGUAUUUGCAAACCAAGCUCAACAAGUGAUAUUUGUGAAAGAUCCUCAUGAUCAUGAAUGGUUUAUCCCUAGGCUAAUUAGUCCUCGAGACAUAUAUAAUAUGGGAGAAAAGAAAAUCAUGCAGUUUGAGCAAUUAAUGCAAAAUGAUAAUGGUGACUUAACUUUGUUAGAGGAAAUUCGUCACUUUGAGGAUGAGAAUACUGAUUGGGUUAGAAGUGGGGUUAAUGAUAUAGUAAUUGAUCAUGGACAUUCACCAAAUCAAACUGAUGACAAUUCUGAGUAA